AUGUCAUCGAGCCACUGGAGGCAUGCCGACACGGGUGUUGACACGACGGGAUCGUCAGUUCAUGGGAGGAGGGCGAUGCUCGGCUCGGGCGCAGGCCUGUGGCAGCGGGCUUCAUGCGGCCGCCGGCCAACACCAUUUGGUCUGAUAUGGCCCUGCGUUGUCAAGACGCAGUUUACGAGGCAAUAA